CAUAAGACGCCAAAAGUAGUUUUUCAGAAUACCAAACUAAUGGGAGGGCCAGCGUCUACGAGAGACAGAGAAACGCCAGGUGUAGGACUGACAGUUACGUGGGGCCAGCAAGAACCGCUGAAUCCGUUUAAUCCGAACCCUGGAGAAAAGAUUUCGAAGGAGCAACUCAAACCUGGAAUAUAUAUGGGCGAUAACAAGGUCAUUCACUUUAACGCGGCAACUGGCCAAAAGAUAGAAUCUGGAGGCUUCUAUAGACACUGCGAUAAAAGUGGAGCUGGGAAAAGCAAGACAAGCAAUGGACUCACUCUUUCAUGCUUAGAUUGUUUCCUUGAUGGAGACCAACUUUACAUAUAUGAAUACUCUGUCUCAUGGAUCCCGUUUGUCUACGGGGUUGGAGGCAAGACAUGUAGCAUGGCUAAAUCAGACCUACCAGAGGUAGUUCUUAGGCGUGCCAAUGAAUGGCUCAAUAACGGCUUCGGACAGUAUAAUUUUAUCCUAAACAAUUGUGAGUCCUUUGCUUUCUAUUGUAAGACGGGACGAGCAGAGGCCCCAUGCUGCAGUGGGCAGACAAUCAACCUUAUUGGUGAUAUUGCUAAUGGAGAAACACAAAGCUUCAUUCCUGGUACUGUGAUAGGCCUUGUGGGUGAAGUAAUGAGAACUGCAUAAAAUGACAAGAAGCUGGAGUAGGUGAUAAUAGCUCUCUAUCCCACGUUUAUGCCUUGUAAUAUCUACUUUAAAUAGCAUAGCAUGUAAGAAUAAGUUUGAGGGACUGAGUGAAUGCCAGUGUUAAUAAAUAUUUUCUAUUUAAGCUUCA